AUGUCUGACUUUGAAGAUAAUCCCUUUGCUGAGCCUAUUGGAGAUGAGGACUAUGAAGAAGAAGAACAGGUAGAACAUGGAUACAAAACACAAAGCGAACGCAUACCGCCGCCUGCACAAGAUUUUCCUAAUGUUUGCUGUCAAAUCGGUGCAUUAAUUCGCUGUGGAGAGGAAGAAAAUAUUCUUAUAACGAAUGCGCAAAAGACAAACGAAGGAAGUGGAAGUAGUUACAUUACUUAUACAAUCCGGUAUAUGGAUCAAGAAGUAAAACGGCGUUAUUCAGAAUUCGAGUCAUUGCGAAAGAGUCUAACACGAUUAUACCCAACAGUCAUUAUUCCUCCAAUACCAGAGAAACAUUCUAUUACUGACUACGCGACCAUGCAAAGCAAGGCCAAGGAAGAUGUGGUGAUAAUUGAAAAGCGUAAGAGGAUGUUGCUAACAUUUUUAGUUCGGAUUUCAAAACAUCCGCAAUUAUCGAGUAGUCAUGUUUUUCACCGAUUUUUGGAGAGUGGCGUAUCAUGGAAUGAAGUUCUCAAUUCUCCACCAUUGUCGACACUGCCAAAAAAUAUCCUUCAGGUGUCCCCGACUAACCUUCCAUCGAGUAAUCCCUCAUCUCCGGUUUCCACAACAAAUCCCCUUCUACCCACACCCAACCCCUCUCAGUUAUUGAGAAAUCCGGAUCAACGGUUUAUCGACUCUGAAUUGUAUACUAAUAAAUUUGCUAAUCAUAUGAGCCAAAAUUUAGAAAAAACGAACCGAAGAAUAUUAAAAAGAUUGAGUGAUUUAUCCAAUGAUUAUGCUGAAUUGGGUGCAGUUUAUAAUGGGUUUAGUUUAAUUGAAUUUGGUGGUCUAGCUCAUUCAAUUGAGAAGGUUGGCCAGGCAGUUGAUUCUUCCUUUAUGACUACCAGAAAUUUGAUUACAGCCCUUGAAUCCGAAUUUUCUGAGCCUCUUCAAGAGUACUCGCAAUUCGCUCAGAUGAUUAAACAAGUGCUACGAUAUCGACAUAUGAAGCAUUUACAGUUGGAGCUCACAGAAGAAACUCUUGAAAAGCAAAAAACUGCUCAUGAAACUCUAACAAAAUCAGAGGAAGAGGCCAGAAGAUUAGAAGUUGCUUUAAAUCGAGCAACACUUGAAGAGAAUCACUCUCGUACUAGUUUUGAUAGCGAAGAUGGAAAUUUACAUGAAGUUGGUGAAAAUGGACGUGAAGAUGAUGGUCAUCAUCAUCAGAAUGGCGAAUUAUCAAAUAGUGCUACGCUGAAUCACACUAAAAAACGCAGUGGCUCGAAAUUGUUUUCCGUAUUAAGCCAUACUAUUCACGGUAUAAUGGACGUUGAUCCAGAAGCCACCAGGAGAAGUAGUAUUGGUAAAACAGCGGACUCCAUAAUCCAGCUUGAAGAAGCCUUAGAAACGUCUAGAAAAGAUCUUAAGAAUAUAUCCGGAUCUAUUCAAGAAGAUUUAGAUCGUUUUCAAAGACAAAAAGUACGCGAUAUUCGAGAUAUGCUUCUUGCAUAUGCAAAAAUCCAAAUUAAAUGGUGUCAAAAGAAUUUAACUAGUUGGGAAGAAGCUAAAGCCGAAAUUGGAAAGAUGCAAACGUAA